CCUAUCUUAAAAUAUUUUUUUCAUCACAUGACCUAAUGUAUAAAAUUGCUGUUACCUGCUGACUUGUCAGUGUCACCAUAUCCUCUGCUGACACACUCUCUUCAUCUGCAUCUCACCUGAAAGACUCACAGCCAUGCUCUCCUUUUCAACCCCACCCUUUCUCUAUCUGAGUCUCAUCCUCUUUCUGUCGUAUCACUCCCCUGUUCUCUCCUGUCGGACUGGGAGCCGCAGUCAGUGUGAGUCCGCUCCCUUUGUACCAGGCCACAACCUGGUGGGGGAGGGCUUUGAUGUGGUCACCCUGAAGCGUAAAGGAGCCUACAUGAUAGAUGUGAGGACCUAUCUUUCCCCAGAAGGCACCUGUACUCUCUACAAUAACCCUCUUCAAGGCGACCAGCUGCAGAAACUGCCGCUCUCUGCAGUGAACUGGCGUGCAUUCAGCCGAUGCAAUGCUGCCAUCAAAAGCAGUGUACACACCUCUGUUAGCUCGUUGAUUGAAAGUAACACCAACGAGGACAGUAACGACUGGAAGAUUGGCCUAGGUCUAGAGAAGUUUGAGGCAUCAGUUGGUGUGCAGGUGGGAGGAACACGCUCCACUGCGUAUAAGUUUGCUUCACAGAAGACAAAAGAGGACCGCUACUCCUACAGCACUCACGCACUCACCUGCAGCCAUUAUCGUUACCGUGUGUCAAGCAAACCGCCCCUCAGCUGUGAGUUCGGUAAGGUUGUGGCAAGCCUGCCAAUUCUCUACAACAACUCCACCAGGGCUCAGUACAGUCGGCUCAUAGAUACCUAUGGCACACAUUACAUCCGCCAGGUUGACCUUGGGGGACGAAUCCGGCGGGUCACAGCUGCACGUAUCUGUUUGUCCUCACUGAAUGGGUUCACCUCAAAUGAGGUCCACGACUGCUUAUCAUUGGGUUUCUCUGUAGGCCUGGGGAUUGUGAAAUUGUCUCCUGAGGUUGGGACUUGCAACAAAGUCCUACAGAACCAGGGUUCCACUGUCUUGUCCAGCUCUAGUCUCCACCAACACUACACAGAGGUGACAGGAGGCACCGGUUGGUUGGGGGAGUUUUUACUCUCUCGCAAUGACUCCAUGCGUUACAGGAAAUGGCUGAAUACCCUUAAGGACCACCCGGACAUUGUUUCAUACUCCCUUAGGCCAAUGUAUGAGCUGGUGCCAAAUGAGAAAAAGAAGGCAGGUGUGAAGGCUGCCAUAGAGCAAUACUUAAAAGACAAUGCCGUGAAGAAGUCCUCACCAGGUUGUGGGUCCAACUGCUGUCCUAAACAGGCCUGGAGGGGAACACUGAUGGUGACCAUCAUCAAAGGUUGGAAUCUAAGAGGAGAUAUAACUGGCAAUACUGAGAGCUAUGCUAAGAUAAAGUACGGUUCCCAAUCUCACGAGACUAAAGUGAUCAAGUCAAACUACCCCUGGUGGAACGCCCAUUAUAAUCUGGGCCCGGUGGACACACACUUGGGUUUGAGGAUUGAGGUCUGGGACGAGGACUUUAGAAAUGACGACCUUCUGGGAUCAUGUGUGAGGUACCUGCAUCAGGGGACAAACAAAGUCACCUGUUCGGCCAAGAGUGGCGGCAUUGAGGUCAAGUACACUCUGACCUGCGACUCUUAUCUGACUGGAGACAGGUGUGAGCGUUACAAACCAACUCCAUAUUGAGAAAUGCAUUUUGAGGCCACAUUAGUCACAAAUGCUGCUUGCUUUUCUUAAAAUCAAACUGAAAUCACAUUUAAUAAUCCCUUUUUGUAGUCAAAAUUAAUGUCAGUGGGGAAAUGCUCCUUUUUGUCUCAGCUGGGUGGAAGAGGCGUGUAUGUGUGUGAGUUUAAUUGACAGCAGCUGACAGGCUAGCAGAGUGUAAAGAACAUUAAACUUAUAUAAAACAAGGAGAGAUGUAAUGUACCAGGUUUUAAGCAAAUUUUUAUUUUCCACCUGUAGUCACAGGGCAAGAAAGUAAAAUAAUAAAAUUAUAAGAACAUGACACAUUAAAAGAGUAUGAAAUGCUGUGAUAAACCUCUGUAGCAAAAAUGUAUUUAAAAAUAUUUGAUUUGAUUGGACUUUAAUUAAGUGUAUGUCAGACACUGUAAUAAGUAAAAUACUUGAGGAGUUCAUACAAAUAUCUUCCUAGCAUUAAGACAUUAAGACACACAAUAUUUAGUUUUCUUUAAUUUUUUUGAAGGUUUAAUCAAUUCUUCUGUGACCACAUACAUAUCGGGUAAAUUCACAUUAAUGAUUCACAUUAAAGAGAAAUUAUCAUUUUGUUUGGUUUCCAGCUGAUUGUAAUUCUAAAAUAUAGUCCUGUGAGCACAAACAUUUUGAUGUAAACAUGAAUAACAAUCAGCUGCUUUGUACUCAAUUUGCAAGUGGUGGAUUUUGGUUGUGGGUCGGUUUUCAUUUGGACUGCAGAUUAUGUAGCUGGUGAUUUUAAAAAACUGUCAAAUACUAGUUUUGUCAAUUUUUUUGUUAUCUUCUCAUGCAAAUAAAGACUAUCAAAACACAA